AGUUAAGAAAAAGAUGGUAUUAAGUCGUUUAUCAUAUUUAUCUUUUUCAUGUAAAUGAUGGUGUUGCUUGUUUUUUCUAUUAUGGGCAGAAUCAAUCUCACCAAAAUCGAAGAUGAAGAGGAAAAAAUCCGAAUUUUCACGACAUUCCAAAUGUAAAAAUAAUAAAACAGUGUAAUAAAAACGAAUAAAAUGAAUUGAAUCAAGAAAGCGAACACUUCUUAAUCCCUACCUGCCUAUCCUGGUUUGCCCUGCUACUAGAGGAAUCGAAAUGAUGUAAUAUAAACAAACAACGAAAAAUGGCUGAAUAUGGAAGCAAAGGAAUGAAUUCUCAGUGAAUGUUGUUCUUCUUCAUUUAAGCAGCUAUGCUAUUUUUAUACUGAUUAUCAUAGGAAAGAAGUGGUUAUAGGGAACAUGGUUGAAUACAUCAUUGCCAGAAUAAAACCAAGUAAGAAUGCAAGGAUAAGUGCUCAUUCUUUUAAUAUCUUAUUGAUGUUUUUAUGCAUGAAUUGAGGAGGGAAAGUCUCCAUAAAAGAUUGAAUCAUCUGUUGGAAUUGGAUCUUAAUUACUGCUAUAUGAUAGAAUCAUAGAAAAGCAAGAAAACGAAAUUCACGUUUCUCAAUAUUCUUCCGUGAAAAUAUGAAUCGUAAGCUUUUUAAGCCUAUAAAAAACAAUACUUUUAAAAUAAAUUACACAGAAUGCGGCGAAUUUCCUAUGACCAUUCUGCACGAUGUCCUUCAUGUAAAAAUCGCUUGUUUUUUUUAGUAGUUUUAUUUUGUGAUUCUCGAUCUAAAAUUAACAAAGAAAAAACAAAUUUGUUCAUAAACAUUACAGUAUCAUUAAAUAAUCUUCUGUCAUGUCUCUCGUCCGACUUGAAUAAUAAUUUAUUACUUACCGAAACAGGAUCCAAGAAAUAGCGCUACGCUAAAAACAUAUGAUGGAUUAUAUUCGGCAUUCUAAACCGGUAGUAGUUACCUUUAUACAACGCCCAUUUAUUAAGCCGACGAAAGGUAUUCUUUAGCCAUUGCGCGAAGAUUCAUCCUUUUCAGUCGAGGUUUUUUUACUAAUAUAAAUCUUUAUUUACUGAUUUUUAUUUUUUAGUUUUUAUACUCUACAAAUCUCUUAUAAAUCUAAUCCAUACUCAUUUGUCGAAAAAAAAAAUUUUAAUUGCCAUUGCCUUUUCAGCUUUGUACCUAACAAGGAAUCGCUUACUAAUCGACACAAUUGGGAUCGAAUCACGUUCAAAUUUGAUAUAAUUUUCUAGGCUUUCUCCUUCCUUCUUCUGAAACUGUUCGUGCUCAUAUUGACUCUAGACAAUAACUUCCCUUGGCCGUAUAUUAUAUACUUUUUACAUCUCAAAUUAUAUUCUUUAUCUUAAUAGUUCCACAGACCUAAUUCUCUUGAAUUGGACUUGGCGAUUGGAAAUUAUCUGUUUGUUACUUCGCCACAAAGGGUUUCCCUCAAUUUUCUUUGGUUUCUUGAAUCCCAGUUUUGCAAUUUUUUUUUUGAUCCCUGCUUUUCCUUUUCCUUUUCCUGUUCCGAAUAUAUUCAUGGGCCGACAUUAUCCUUUACGCCUUACCAGUCAAUAUUAUGUUUGUAUUCACUGCAAAACGCACCUUGCAUUUAAGGGGCACUUAAUCAGCCGUGACUAUACCGGUCGUUAUGGUCGUGCCGCUCUUAUUAAGAAAAUCGAAAACGUGAUUGAAAUGCAAUCGGUGACUGAAGAAAUGCUGUCGGGGAAAUAUAUAGUCCGCCGUAUACAUUGCUGCCGGUGUCAUGCGAAUGUGGGUUGGAAGUAUGUACUUGCGUACAAGCCAUCAGAGAAGUAUAAAGAAGGACAUUAUAUUUUAGAAUUGAACGCUUCUUCUUUGAUUCGCGAUGAAAUCGACGCUAAUGAAUGUAUCAUACAACCUCCAAUUGCCUUUUUGUCCUCUUCACUGUAGGAUCCUUGCCUUGGAUCAUUAUGUUUGAUCCAGCACCGGUUCUGUUAAUUAUAACCCUAGAUGGAAACAACCUGAUUCCGUCAUCUUUCAUCUGUCAUGUCAAUUUGUUUUUUUUUUUUUUUUCAAGUUGUUGAUUUUUCCUUUUCACCUCUUUAUUUAUAUAUUUUUUUUUACCUCUCCUUUUACAAAUCUCUGUUUUUGAUUUUAGACAAUUCGUUGAUUAUUCUGGAUGUUAAGGGAUUCUAUCAUCUCUUUUCUGGAAUUGUUUUCAUUCCUUUUUUUUUUGUGUGCUUAUAAUUCCCCCUUCCAUUGAUUAUUUUUUCUAUUUAUCCUAUUUCAAUAUGUUUACUCCUUCCUAUAAGCUUGCCAUUUCCUUCUUGUGGUUUUUUUGUUUCGUAUAUUUAGGCACCCAUCAAUAAGCAUAUAUAGGUUUUCAAGCAGUAUGUGUCCCCUUGUUGAACAGUUCUGAAAGAUUAUGGGUAACAAUCCUGCCUUCAAUUACAAAGAAAGAAGAAUAUAUUAUAACCUAUUUCUUAGAGUUUUAUUGUUCAUUGCAUUGCCAAAUCGUUAGAAUCGACAAAUAAAUGUUUAUGUGG